AACUUCUCACUUUAAAAAUAAUAAUAAUUAUUAUACUUUUAUUUAUUCGAAUUCAUUAAAAAAAAAUCUGCAUAUAAAAAUUAACCCAAAAAAAUUAUUUGAAACAUUGUUUUCAAAGAAGCGUUUGAAACAAUUAGUUUUUUAGUUCCUUCACAGAGCUAUGUUCUUCUGUUGCAAACAAAUAUUUUCAAUAUCUCCAAUCACUUGCUGGUGAAGGAAAGCCCCGACUUAUAACAUGAGCUCUGUAUCCUUUUUAGCCAAAUAGUUUACUUUGAAGAUCGUAUUCCAUUUAAAAUCUUUUGUGGAAACUUGUUCAGGACUUUCGUUUUAAUCCAAGUGAAAGGAGUUAAAAUGAAGCGUGCAUGUAGUUGUUGUUUUGAUGAAAUGACAGCAGGAAUCAUGUGAUUUCGAUCACCCAAUAGAAUUAAAGUAUAAGUCAGCGUCACCUGCGCAGAUAAGUGCGCGCGAGACGAUCCCAAUCCAAAAUGCCGUCUAGUUCAGAAGGGAAGUCCGUUUCGUCAACAACGCAAGCAGAGAAACCUAUUCACUACACAUAUUUAAAGGAAUUUCGCGUGGAGCAGUGUCCGCUGUUCCUGCAGCACAAAUGCACACAACAUAAACCCUUCACGUGCUUCUAUUGGCAUUUUAUGAAUCAACGUCGACGGAGGCCUGUCAGAAGAAGAGAUGGUACUUUUAAUUAUAGCCCUGAUGUGUACUGUUCAAAAUAUGACGAGACGACUGGUAUCUGCCCCGACGGAGACGAUUGUUCCUAUCUUCAUCGCACUGCUGGAGAUACAGAAAGACGUUACCAUCUUAGGUAUUAUAAAACAGGUGUGUGUGUUUAUGACACAGAUAGCAGAGGGUAUUGUGUUAAAAAUGGACCACACUGUGCUUUUGCUCAUGGGAUCCAUGAUCUGCGAAAUCCUGUAUAUGAUCUUAGAGAGUUGCAGGCAAUGGAAUCUAAUGAAGAAGGACCAAAUGGAAUAUCCGGUCCCAAUAACUUAGACAAAGAAAGAAAUGCUUUAAAUGAAGAUCCCAAAUGGCAAGAUACCAAUUAUGUUUUAGCAAAUUACAAAACAGAACAAUGUAAAAGGCCCCCUCGGUUAUGUAGACAAGGUUAUGCUUGUCCCUCUUUCCAUAACAAUAGGGAUCGUAGGCGAAGUCCUAAGAAAUGUAAAUAUAGAUCAACCCCUUGCCCUAAUGUGAAGCAAGCAGAUGAGUGGGGAGACCCUGCAAAUUGUGAAAAUGGCGAUGGUUGUCCUUAUUGUCAUACACGUACAGAACAACAAUUUCAUCCAGAGAUUUACAAAUCCACAAAGUGCAAUGAUAUUUUACAAACUGGAUAUUGUCCCCGUGGUCCUUUCUGUGCUUUUGCUCAUGUAGAUAAGGAAAUAUCAGCAGUCCGAGAUUUAGGACCUGACCACACUACAGAUUUAGCAGCAAUUUUAUCUAGUGCCCUGCCCCCAUCAACAAGCACACAAAAUCAACACAUUCCUGAAAAUCAAGACGAGGCCCAAAUUCAAAAAACUGACCUAACAGCGGCAGAGCAAGAUCAAGAAAAUGCAAAUCGUACUUCUAACUCUUUGCCUGAAGUUCAGCCAAAUGCUUUAGAUCAAUACCCUUCUUCAAAUCAUCCUUUACCAACUCCGAUAAGCAGGCCAAGAUCAUAUAGUUCCUCAACAAAUCAUUCUGGUGAUUCUAUGACACACUACCCUAAGGCACCUGGUUCUGAAAGGGAAGACAGAGAGGCAUGCAUACGGCGUCAGUUGCAAGCAAUAGAUGAUGAUCCUAAAUUAGAUUCAAUGGAAAAAGCUCGCCGAAAGCAAAGUAUUCACUUAGCAUGUGAUGUUUCCUUAAGUCAUUUAUCAAGCUCUAUGAAAACUAUGUCCCCUUUAGCAACAUCUUUUUAUCCUGCAGCUGACACUGUAGAAUCAGUUGUUGGAAAUGCAUUAGAUGAUUUAAAUAUAGAAGACAUUAAUGUAGAAGCAUCUUUAAAUAGGGAAUUAAUUAAUGAUUCUGUUUCUGGAAGCAAUUCUAUAACAGGAAUAAGUGGGUCAAGUUUAUUAGGUGCUUCAGCUCCAGUAAAUAUUCCUUGUAGUGGUGACAUUCAUGAUAGAGUGCUAACUAAUUUAUCCCCACCUGUUACAUCUCCUUUAGGUUCUUUAUCUCAUAGUUUACAAUUAGGUUCAUCAUCUCUCACUCAGGCUGACCAUUCAUUAGACAAAGCAGCAGCAGCAUUUUAUUCAGGGUCUUUCACAAAUUCUAAGUUCCACUACCCUGGUUCUAGUUUAUAUGACUUUACAGCACCACAGAAUAUGUCGCCUUCUAACAGAAUAGGAGCACAGCAGUCUUUAGUUCAUGGAUUUAAUUCUUUAGGAUCUUCGAAUAUCACAGAUAUUCAGAGGAUACGGGAUGAAUUUUCUUCAAAUAGGCUAAAGAUGCCAUGGGAGGAAAAUUCAAUGCAAUCUAGAUCUGUUUAUCAAACGUGUGAAGCAUGGAAACGAGAAGCUGAAGAAUCUUCAAGGAGAGAACGCUUAGUAGAACAACAAAGAGACGAGGCAUUAACAAAAGUAAAUAACCUACAAAAACAAUUAGAUGAUUUAACUGGUGGACCUUUUCUUCACACACUAACUAGGAUAUCAGAAUUAGAGACUUUACCUUUAAGCAAAUUAAAACAACUUCAAGAACAACUUAGGGAAGACUUAGAAAAAAUAGAUAAGGUUGUAUUUUAUCAAACUGCUACUAAAUGUAUGAUAUGUGAAGAACGCAAUCGUAGUGUUACAGUGGUGCCGUGCAGUCAUUAUGUUUUAUGUAAUCAGUGUGCUCCACACCAAAAGAACUGCCCUUAUUGUAGAGAAGAAAUUACAUCAUUAUCUAAUGCAUCUUUAUAAGAAUAAUUGUUUUUAGGUUUUUGAGAUUGAAAUUUUAAUAUAGUUCUCUCCUGCUCGCUGUGAACAUCAUAUAUAUAUAUUUCCAUUUGUAUAAUGUACAACUCUGUAAAUGAAACAAAUUAUUCCAGAUUUUAUCUACUGUGUUGUUGGACAUUGUAAUGUGACUGAA